UAGUGGAGCCGAAACCUUAAUUAUAUAGCCUCGAUUCUUGUUAACAAACCCUAGUGGUUAAAUGAUGGUUACUUCGUCGCGCGGCAAGUCAAUCAAGAUCGAGACAACGACGAAGAUCUCCGAUCUUCCGGUGAAUUUGUUAGAGGAGAUUCUGUCUAGGGUUCCAUUGAAAUCAACGAGAGCAGUGCGAUUGACUUGCAAAGAGUGGGAAGCUUUAUCCAAAAGCCGAAGCUUUUUAAAGAUGCGUAUUGAUAAACUAAGUACUCUAAAAGAAGGUGAGUCUCUGAUGAUCGCAAUGAUGGAUUACAAUCUUUAUCUCACGAGAGUCGUUCUCGGCGGCAUCGAUGAAGAUCCAAUCAUAGAGUGCCAAGAUAGACUUACUUGCCUAGACAAACAGAACAAGAUAUCUCAAGUUUUCCACUGCGAUGGUUUAUUGUUAUGCGUCUUGAAAGAUGAUGUUACCAAAUAUAUUGUUUGGAAUCCAUAUUUGGGUCAAACUAGGUCCAUAGAGUCUACAUACUCUCACCGCUCAUACAGAUGGUACAGGUUCGCAUACGCUCUCGGGUACGAGGACAAAAGCUCAUCUUCUCGUGGCUACAAAUUGUUGAGGUUUAUAGAUAAGUAUUAUGAUAGACCUACGCACCAGUAUUCAUGUUACGAGAUUUACGAUUUCAACUCUAGUACAUGGAAGACUCUUGAUAUCACUCCACACUGGCGUAUACUCCUUGGUCAGCCUGGCGUGUCUCUCAAGGGAAACACUUACUGGCCUGCUUCAAAGAGUAACAAAAAAGACUUGCUUGACGAUCACAUUAUCUGUUUCGAUUUUACAAGUGAGAGUUUUGGUCCUCUUCUGCGUCUGCCGUUUGAUGCUAAGGAUGAUGUGACUUUGUCAUGUGUUAGAGGAGAGAAGCUUGCUGUUUUACUUACUCACAACAGAUAUCCAAGGGACUAUGAGAUAUGGAUUAGUACUAAGAUCGAGGCUGAAAAGGUGUCGUGGACCAAGUUCUUGACAGUGGAAACUGGAGUUUAUCAUCUGAGUGUAAGCAAUAGUUUCUUUAUUGACGAGGAGAAGAAAGUGGCAAUGAGUUACUACUCCAAAACAUUGAACAUUGUUGGAGAGGAUGGAUACUUAAAGAAGCUAAAACUCGGAGAACGUUUAGGCGGCACAGACAGAAACUGUAGCGUAAAGGUGUGGUCUUAUGUUCCAAGCCUAGUGCAAAUCAAGCAACCUGCUGUAGGAGGAAAAAGGAAACAACACAAGGACUUAGAAACUCAACGAUAUGAUAAAAAAAGGAGAUGAAUAGUCUCAGUUAACAAAGCUUAGUCUAUGUACUUGCAUUUACUCAUUCUUCACUUUUGUCUUGUCUUAAGAUGACCUUGUUUUGGUGUUGUUAAACCUUCUUUUACAACUCUUUCAAAUCUUCA